AUGGUCCUCAUCAAGAGCCUCGUGCUCGCCGCCGUGGCCGCCGUUGCGACCGCCAGAUCCGCCGUCAUGGAUCUUACUCCUGCAAACUUCGACAAGGUAGUCCUCAAGUCGGGAAAGCCUACACUUGUUGAAUUCUUUGCCCCCUGGUGCGGCCACUGCAAAAGCCUGGCUCCCGUGUACGAGGAGCUCGCCGUCGCCUUUGAACACGCCAAGGACAAGGUACAGAUUGCCAAGGUCGAUGCCGAUGCCGAGCGGGAGUUGGGCAAGCGUUUUGGAAUCCAGGGAUUCCCUACGCUCAAGUACUUUGACGGAAAGUCAGAUAAGCCCGAGGAGUACAAGUCUGGCCGAGACCUGGAGAGCCUGACCGAGUUCCUGACGGAGAAGGCUGGGGUCAAGGCUAAGAAGAAGCUGGAGAUGCCUAGCGAGGUUGUGAUGCUUACUGAUAAGAGCUUUGCGGAGACUGUCGGAAGUGAAAAGAAUGUGCUGGUUGCGUUUACCGCUCCUUGGUGCGGGCACUGCAAGAACCUGGCACCCACGUGGGAGAGCCUUGCUGCCGAUUUCGUCGGUGAGGCCAAUGUUGUCAUUGGCAAGGUUGAUGCCGAAGCUCCCAACAGCAAAGCCGUGGCCACCGAACAGGGUGUCACUUCUUACCCGACCAUCAAGUGGUUCCAAGCUGGAAGCAAGACGGGCGAGAGCUACGAUGGUGCCCGCUCUGAGGACGACUUCAUCAAGUUCAUCAACGAGAAGGCUGGAACGCACCGCGUUGUCGGCGGUGGUGUUGACCGUGUUGCUGGAACCAUUGCCGUCCUUGACGCGCUGGUUGCCAAGUUCACCGGCGGCGCCAAGUUGGAGGAUAUUGUCGGCGAGGUUAAGAGUGCCGUGGAGAAGUUCAACGACGAUGCCAAGUAUGCCUACGCCAAGUACUAUGUCCGUGUCUUUGACAAGCUGAGCAAGAGCGAUAAUUAUGUCUCCAAGGAGCUCUCAAGACUCGAGGGCAUCUUGGAGAAGGGUGGCCUGGCCCCGUCUAAACGUGACGAGAUUCAGAGCAAGACCAAUGUUCUGCGCCGCUUCGCUGAGAAGGCUGCUGAGAAGGCCGAGGAGCUCAAGGACGAGCUGUAA